GGGCAUGUGCCACCACACCUGCCUAAUUUUUUGUAUUUUUAGUAGAGACAGGGUUUCUCCUUGUAGGUUCAGGCUGGACUUGAACUCCCAACCUCAGGUGAUCUGCCUGCCUUGGCCUCCCAAAGUGCUGGGAUUAUAAGCGUGAGCCACCGCAACCAGCCUUUUUGUUUUUCUUUUUUUGAGACAGAGUCUCAUCUGUUGCCCAGGUUGGAGUGUAGUAGCACAGUCUCAGCUCACUGCAACCUCCUCCUCCCAAACUGAGACAGUCCUCCCACCUCAGCCUCCUGAUUAGCUGGGACUACAGGCAAGUGUCACCACACCUGGCUCAUUUUUGUAGAAAUGGGCUUUCACUAUGUUGCCCAGAGUGGUCUUGAACUUCCGACCUCAGUGGUCUGCCUGCUUCAGCCUCCCUAAGUGUUGGAAUUACAGGCAUGAGCCAGCAUGCCCAGCCAAGGGUUUUGAUCUUUAGGGAUUUCAGCACUUGGGGUGCAACUUAGCAUUUAAAAAAUAGAGACAGGUUCUUGCUAUGAUGCCCAGGAUGGUCUUGAACUCUUGGGCCCAAGUGAUCCUCCUGCUUCAGCCUCUGAAAGUGUUGGGGUUUACAGGUGUGAGCCACUGCUCUCCACCCGGGAUGCAAAUUAUAUGAAAUUCCCCUCUUUAGAAGGUGGGGUCCUGUUCCCCUCCUGAUUUCAAGUGGGCUUUGUUACUAAUGGCAGCUGCUGACGGAAAAUCGCAAACCCUCACCCAGUUUCUAGGCCUAACCCAGGCCUCAGACCCAGAGGCCACUGAUUGAAAGGGAGGCUGGAGUGCAGUGGGGCGAUCUCGGCUCACUGCAAUCUCAACCUCCAGGGUUCAAGCGAUUCUCUUGCCUUAACCUCCCCAGUAGCUGGAAUCACAUGCUGGGCUAAUUUUUGUACUUAGAGACGGGGUUUCACCACGUUGGCCAGGCUGGUCUGGAACUCCUGACCUCGUGAUCCGCCCCUCUUGGCCUCCCAAAUUGCUGGGAUUGUAGACAUCAACCACUGCACCCGGCCCCUCUCAAAACUAUCCAUGGCCAGUCCCGCGUGUUUCUCCAGGCCUGACAUCUUUGAUGUUUAGUUUCAUAUCUAACCAUCCACCUGACAUCUCCCCUGAGUGGCCUAAUGGGCAUCUCCACAUGGCCCACAGAGAACUGAUCUCGAUUUUCCCAAGCUGGCCUCUUUUCCCAAGCUGGCUAUAGACUGAAAACCUAGCAGCCAUGCUGGAUUUCUCUCACACUGCUUAUUUAGUGUGUGAAUGCAUGAGUGGAAGGUUGAGUUCGCACUCGUGACUGACUGGGGUCAACGCCGUCAUUCGCUCCCACUUUGCGCGUGCUAAUUUGACUCAGCGGAGGAAGAUUGGGCCCUGGCGGCCGGGCCCGGGAGGCGGGCCUGGAGCCAGGGGGGUGGUGCAGGCGCCAUGGAGAUGCGCUCGCGCCGGCGCAGAACCAGAACUCCCGGCGAUCCCCGCGCUCUUGGGCGGCAAGAUGGUGGCGCGCAGGAGGAAGCGCGCCGCGCGGGACUCUGAAAACCGGAUCCCUAGCCCUUCUGGCUAUACAGCUAUUCCAAUCAAGUUCUCCGAAAAGCAGCAGGCUUCUCACUACCUGUAUGUGAGAGCACACAGCGUUCGAGAAGGCACCAAGUCCACCUGGCCUCGGAAGAGGACUCUUUUUGUCCUCAAUGUGCCCCCAUACUGUACAGAGGAGUGCCUGUCCUGCCUCCUGUCCUCCUGUGGCCCUGUCCAGUCUAUGGAGUUGCAGGACAAGCCGGACCUGGCCGAGAGCCUGAAGGAGCCAAGGUCGAAGUUUUUUCAUCCAAAGCCAGUUCCGGGGUUCCAGGUAGCGUACGUGGUGUUCCAGAAGCCAGGUGGGGUGUCAGCUGCCUUGGCCCUGAAGGGCCCCCUGCUGGUGUCCACAGAGAGCCACCCUGUGAAGACUGGCAUUCAGAAGUGGAUCCGUGACUAUGCAGACUCAGUGCCCGACCCUGAGGCCCUGAGGGUAGAGGUGGACACAUUCAUGGAGGCGUAUGACCAGAAGAUCGCUGAGGAAGAAACUAAGGCCAAAGAGGAAGAGGGGGUCCCUGAUGAGGAGGGCUGGGUGAAGGUGACCCGCCGCGGCCGGAGGCCUGUGCUCCCCCGGACGGAAGCAGCCAGCCUUCGGGUGUUGGAGAGAGAGAGACGGAAGCGUGCCCGAAAGGAGCUGCUUAACUUCUAUGCCUGGCAGCACCGCGAGAGCAAGAUGGAGCAUCUAGCACAGCUGCGCAAGAAGUUCGAGGAGGACAAGCAGAGGAUCGAGCUGCUUCGGGCCCAGCGCAAAUUCCGACCUUACUAAGCUGGGAGAGCCACACCAGAAGGAUGGAGAUGCAGGCUCGGGAGGAACUCGAGGCCAAGGUGGGCCCCAGGUUGAGGGCCACCGUGUCCAACAGCCCCCAUCAGAGGCCACACAGCUGGGAGUCAAGGACCGUGCCACUCCUCAGGGCUUGUGCUUCAGCAGUCCUGGGAGUACCCAGAGGAGGAUCUGCCCCUUCUGCCUCCAUACCUUCCUCUCAGGGACCCUUCUCCCCUUCUCAAUGGAAAAGCCCCUGCUGGCAGCAAAACAGCCUCAAAAGCAGUGAGAAUGCCAGCAUCUUGUAUUUUCCAUUCAGUGGGGCCACAAGGAAAGGCCUAGGUGGGCCUACCCCAUCCCCCACCCUUGCUUCCUCCAGCUGGCUGAUGAUUAGCCAGGAGAUGGCAGCCUUCCAAACCCAGACUCUGUCUCCCUCUUGAGGUCAUGGAUGUUCAAGUUGGAAUCUUGCUCCCUUCCCCCUGAAGCUACCAUCCUAGGCUUCCAGACCAGUGAGCCUUUCCCCACCACGCCUGGCCUGCUUGCAGGGCUCGGGAACUCAGAGUCCCAGUGCCGAGUCCGGGAGCAUGAGGUCUUCAUAAUUCCAGGCUCAGAGCUACAGCUGGUUUGGGAGCCUGGGUUUGCUCUGUAAAAAGGAGCUGAUGAUACUGGCCACCUGCUGGGGUUCGUUCAUGUGGACAUAGUGAGUGCCCGGGACUUCCACAAACUGGAACCGCUGGAGAGGGGGUGUGUGGUGAGAUGUGACCAGAGGUGCCUCAGGAGCUCCACAGGCUCCCAAGGUGCACUAGGCCCUCCCACAGCCUUCUGGCUCCCUGUGCCUCCCACAGUGAGUUUCCCCACAUUCAGCUCCUUGAGCCCCACCAGUCCACAGCACCCCCAGGGUUGUCCAAGCCCUGGGGUUUUUGAGGCCUCCCAGAGGUCUAGGCCAGCUGACUUUUGAAAUUGCAUAGCAGGGACAGGGAGGGGCAAUGACCAGGGCUGCUGUGACUAUCAGAGGUCUGCUUGAGAUAAAAUAAUGAGGUGGGGGUGUGAGCAGCCUGCAGCCUUGUUCCUGCCUUCAAACCCCGACUGGAAGGCCUUGCCUGCCUAGGCACUGACCUGGCAGCUGGCCAGCCACAGGUGGGUUUCCCUUUGUGACAGUGCCUAGAAACCUGCAGAGGCCCCCGGGUCAGGUGUUCAUGGGUAGAUGACCAUGAAACGCCAGGUGCUCCGAAGAACCUAGGCAACAGCCACCCCCACCUACAGCCAGCAUGCCCACUGGUGUGAUGGGCAAAGGGAGGCAGCAGUCAGGUGUGCUGCUGUGGCUUGGGAGCCUAUAAAAUGUGAGAUAGUCUGGGCAUAGUGGCUCCCACUUGUAAAACCAGCACUUUGGGAGGCCAGGGCGGGCAGAUCACCAGGUCGGGAAUUCAUGGCCAACCUGGUAAAACCCCAUCUCCACUAAAAAAUACAAAGAUUAGCCAGGCAUGGUAGCAUGUGCCUAUAAUCCUAGCUACCCAGGAGUCUGAGGCAGGAGAAUUGCUGGAACCUGGGAGGCAGAGGCUGCAGUGAGCCAUAAUCAUGCCAGUGCACUCCAGCCUGGGUAACAGCAAGACUCCAUCUCAAAAAAAAAAAAAAACAAAAAAACAAAACCUGGGGGCUGGGUGCAGUGGCUUACAUCUGUAAUGCCAACACUUUGGGAAGCCAAGGCAGGUGGAUCACUUGAGGUCAGAAAUUCAAGACCAGCCUGGCCAUCAUGUUAAAAUCCCAUCCCUACUAAAAAAUACAAAAAUUAACUGGUUAUGGUGGCAGGUGCCUGUAAUCCUAGCUAUUUGGGAGUCUGUGGCAAGAGAAUCACUUGCACUUGGGAGGCAGAGGUUACAGAGAGCUAAGAUCAUGCCACUGCACUCCAAGCUGGUGACAGAUCAACACUGCCUCCAAGAAACAAAAAGUGGGGCUACUAGCUGGGAUGAUGGCAGGCACCUGGUAGUCCAUUACUCAGGUCGCUGAGGUGGGAGGAUCAUAAGCCCAGGAGUUUGAGGCUGCAGUGAGCUACAACUGAGCCACCGCACUCCAGCCUAAGUGACAGAACGAGACCCUGUUUCUCAAAAAAAUUAAAAAUGUGAGACUGUCUGGCAUUUGGGUCACCGAAUUGUGUCUGGCCUGAGGAAGGAGGGGUGGGUACGUGAGGACUAUAAGAGAUUUGUUUCUGUUAAGUGAAAGGGCUAUAAAAAGAAUUUUUUAAAAAGA